CAGAGCAUCGUAGUGCUUGGACUGAGCGGCGAAGAAGCAGCAGAAGUGACGUCACCGAAGAAGCAGCAGAAGUGACGUCACCUAAGCAAAAAUGGCGGAGCUCAAGCGCAAGAGGACAAACUACUCCGACGACGGAGGGCCGCAGGAGGAGGGAGGCAGAGUGAAAACUAAGCCUGUCUCUUGUAGCACGCUGGCUGGAGGAGCGAGCGCCCUCAAACGCACGUCCCAGCACCUCGCCUCCGAUGACGAGGACGAACCCCCCGCCGACACACCCGCACCCCGCAAAGCCUCCAAAAUAGGCUUCGGCUUGAGCAGUCAGACUGGCAAAAAGUCCAAUCCCAUAUCCAUCAAGCUUGGAGCAAAUAAAGCCAAAGAACCUGCUCCAACAGUUCCUGCAAAGAAACCUGGCAUGUCCUCGGUGUUCAACGAGGAUGAUGAUAGUGAACCUGAGGAGAUGCCACCAGAGGCCAAGAUGAGGAUGAGGAACGUCGGCAGGGAGACGCCAACAUCGGCAGGACCCAACUCCUUCAACAAGGGCAAGCAGGGCUUCUCUGAUCACCAGAAACUUUGGGAGAAGAAGCUGAAAGCCCAAGCAGACAAGUUGUAAUUAAUUCUUCAACCUCACCUGAGAUAUAAAUAGUCAUAUUUCGUUCAACCACACCUGAGAUAUCAAUAGUCAUAUUUCGUUCAACCAGACAUGAUAUAUUAAUAAUCAUAUUUUGUUCAACCAGACAUGAGAUAUUAAUAAUCAUAUUUUUUCAACCACACCUGAAAUAUCAAUAAUCAUACUUUGUUCAACCACACCUGAGAUAUCAAUAGUCAUAUUUCGUUCAACCACACCUGAGAUAUCAAUAGUCAUAUUUCAUUCAACCACACUUGAGAUAUCAAUAGUCAUAUUUCAUUCAACCACACCUGAGAUAUCAAUAGUCAUAUUUCGUUCAACCACACCUGAGAUAUCAAUAGUCAUUUCUUUCAACCACACCUGAGAUAUCAAUAGUCAUAUUUGUUCAACCACACCUGAGAUAUCAAUAGUCAUAUUUCGUUCAAUCACAACUGAGAUAUCAAGUCAUAUUUCGUUCAACCAGACAUGAUAUAUUAAUAUUUUUUUCAACCAGACAUGAGAUAUUGAUAGUCAUAUUUUCUCAACCACACUUGAAAUAUCUAUAGUCAUAUUUUGUUCAACCAGACAUCAGAUAUCAAUAAUCAUACUUUGUUCAACCACACCUGAGAUAUCCAUAGUCAUAUUUCGCUCAACCAGACAUGAGAUAUUAAUAAUCAUAUUUAGUUCAACCCCACCUGAGAUAUGUGUAGAAAUAAUGUGUAUUGAUGUCUACACAAGAUAUGUAAUAUCCAUGGCAACCAGCUUCUCGACAGGUGAGGCUGCUCAGGUGUUCUCCCCUGCUCGCUUCUCACAUUUGUGUAAAAAUGUACAUAGCAGUGUUUUUAUUUCAUCAUUUGUUGUGUUCAUUUCUGUAGUUUGUCACCGCCAGUUUAUUCCUGUCGCAAUCUUGUUUACUUUCUACUCCACACCUUUUUAUUAGUUCCUGCUUCCUGGUAAAAAUGACAGCUUUGUCUUAGUUGUGAGCUCAACAAGACAAGAUGUCCUCUUCCCUGCUAGUGAACUCUUUGAUAAUAAUACAAAACUUGUCUUUCUUUGAAUCAUUAUGUUGCAAUUCAGUCCAAUAAACAUUUUGAAGAUA